AUGCCGAUACCCGGCUACACGGGACACCUUCGAGCACACAAGGUAGAGAAUGUCUUUGGGGCGACCUUCGGCGAGGCGAUGGUGGUCGCACAGGCUGCACGUAGCCGUCGUGGCGCUGAUGAGGACUACGCGGCCCAUUCGGCGUCUCGAUCGCAUAACUUCGACGGCGGCUCUCUCAACACCACCAAGGGCCACAAGCUUGGGAAGGACGAGCCGUACGCAAAGGCUGCCAAGGGGACUGGCAGCAAUGGGGGGGCGCUCUCCGAAGGCUUGGGCUGUUGCUUCUCCAUAGGCUUCGGAGCUGGCAUGCAGCCGUGUUGCUUGAAAACCGAGCGCCUGGUCACCUUCGGAAGUUGCCGCGUGGGCCGGCGAAUAGGUGGGCUCACCGGCUUUGCUGUCGGUCACUGUCCCCGGAGCGCUCGUGAGGCCGCCAGCAUGGUCGACAGGCAAGGCCUCGUCGUCACCCCGGAGUUCCUUCUGACAGAAGGAGGUCCAUUGCGCAAGGAAGAUCCGUUACAAUCGUCCGUUUCGCCAGACCUGACCGCGGUUUGCACUGCAGUCUUCUUGAUAUUCAUCCUCGUGGUGAUGAGGUUUUCAGCCAAUCUGCGGCGGCUGGGGCAGAGCAGACUGCAUCGCCCCAGCGAGCCGCUGCUCGACGAGGUAUCGCAGAUAUGA